GGCCGCCGCCUUCAGCUCUGACGUGUCCCGAUACUGACUGCAGGGGAGGAGUCAGCCGGUGAGGCCGCUCUCUUGCCCACACACGGCAUGGCGGCCAAGGGCCCCCGGCAGCGGCCUCGAGGGGGAGGUGGGGAUGCGGCGGCGGCGGCGGCUGUUGCCCGACAGCGCGAAGAUGCGCCUCCACCGGCCGCUGAGGGGACCAAAGCCGAGCCAUCUGCGAGCAAAACAGGACAUGUCUGGGCCCCUGAAGGAUCUACAGCUUUCAAGUGUCUAAUCUCUGCCAGGUUCUGCGCUGCUCUGCUGAGUAACAUCUCCGACUGCGAUGAGACAUUUAACUACUGGGAACCUAUGCACUACCUCGUUUACGGUAAAGGCUUCCAGACCUGGGAAUAUUCUCCUGUCUAUGCCAUCCGCUCCUACGCAUACCUGUGGCUCCACGCCUUACCAGCCUUGUUUCAUGCCAGAGUUCUGCAAACUAAUAAGGUUCUUAUCUUCUACUUCUUGCGCUGUCUUUUGGCCUUCCUGAGUUGUGUCUGUGAGCUUUACUUUUAUAAGGCAGUGUGCAAGAAAUUUGGGCUGCAUGUGAGCCGCCUCAUGUUGGCUUUCUUGGUACUCAGCACUGGGAUGUUCUGCUCAGCAGCUGCCUUCCUCCCCAGCAGCUUCUGCAUGUACAGCACAGUAAUAGCAAUGACGGGGUGGUACAUGGAUAAAAUCUCUCUGGCGGUCUUGGGAGUGGCUGCUGGAGCCAUCGUGGGCUGGCCUUUCAGUGCAGCGCUUGGGCUUCCAAUUGCCUUUGACUUCCUCAUCCUGAAAAGAAGGUGGAAGAGCUUCCUGAAGUGGUCUUUGGUCGCGCUGGUGGUGUUUCUGGUGCCCCUGGUGGCUGUGGACAGUUAUCACUACGGGAAGCUGGUGAUUGCUCCUCUCAACAUUGUCUUGUACAACGUCUUCACACCGCAUGGACCGGAUCUGUAUGGUACAGAGCCCUGGUCCUUCUACUUUGUAAAUGGCUUUCUGAACUUCAAUGUGGCCUUCGUGCUCGCACUGUUGGCCUUGCCGCUGACCUCCCUCAUGGAGCGUCUGCUACAGAAAUUCCACGUUCAGAAUCUGGGCCGGCCUUACUGGCUGACGCUUUCUCCCAUGUAUAUCUGGAUCCUGAUUUUCUUCAGUCAGCCUCACAAAGAAGAGAGAUUUCUGUUUCCCAUCUAUCCCCUUAUUUGUCUGUGUGGAGCGGUAGGGCUGUCUGCCCUCCAGAAGUGUUACCAUUUUGUCUUCCAACGUUACCGCCUGGAGCACUACACCGUCUCUUCGAACUGGCUGGCCCUGGGGACCCUCUUUGUCUUUGGGCUCCUGUCCUUGUCACGCUCAGUGGCUUUAUUCAGAGGUUACCAUGGGCCUCUUGACCUGUAUCCAGAAUUCCACAGGAUCGCCACUGAUCCAACUGUCCACACUGUGCCAGAAGGAAGGCCGGUUCAUGUUUGCGUCGGGAAGGAAUGGCACCGUUUCCCCAGCAGCUUCCUCUUGCCAGAUAAUUGGCAGCUUCAGUUCAUUCCAUCAGAAUUCAGGGGCCAGUUGCCAAAACCGUUUGCCAACGGACCAACGGCCACACACAUCAUUCCAACAGACAUGAAUGACCAAAACCGGGAAGAGCCCUCCCGAUACUUUGACAUUUCCAAAUGCCACUACCUGGUGGAUUUAGAUACCGCAACAGAAACGCCCAGGCAGCCGAGGUAUGCAGCCAACAAAGACGAAUGGAUCAGUAUUGCUUACAAGCCUUUCCUCGAUAGUUCAAGGUCUUCAAAGUUCUUUCGGGCCGUCUACGUUCCCUUCUUGUCCCACCAGCACACAACCUACGUGAACUAUACCAUCCUGAAGCCUCGGCGCUUCAAGCAAGCCAGGAGAAAAGCCGGGGGCUCCUGAGGCCCAGCGAUCACCAGCCAGAAAGCCUGGCUUCUUCUGCUUCAGGCUUCUUAACCCCACCUGCCCACCCCCAUUUCUUUGCAGGUGUGGGCAUGGCAGCGGUGGUGGUGGGGAAAUGCUUGUGAAGCUUUUUUCCUUUUUGGCUGGCUCUUCUGCUAGGGAUGAAAGAGACUGGAUCUGCCACCAUUUGGGGCUCUCUUUCACUUUCAGAAACUCUUCCCAGGAAGUAUUGCCAAGGUGCAACCUGACUGAGUAGUCAACAGGCUCAGAAACCAUGGUUUGUGAGAAGGUUUACUAAGUUCCUGGCUGCAGGAUAGCCCUGUAGUGCAGGGCUUCAGCAUCUCUCAUCCACCACAGAACAUCCUGCCAGCCCUGGCGAGAAAUUGCCGGGGGGGUUGUUUUGUUUGAGAGGCCUUUUUGAGGGAGGGAGAGAGAAGGCAGCUUCGCAAGACGCUCCCUGGUGGGUCUCCAAGGAAAAGGGCCUUCCUUGACUCAGGCGGAGUAGGGAUAACUUGCACUUUCAGGAACUGUGACUUUGUUAAUUACAUAAUUCAGUGAAACAUGA